CUAUCAUUUGGUAUAUAUAUAGUCAUUUUCCCUUAGCUUUUGAGCAUAUAUCAACCACUCCUCUCGCAGCCUCUUGCCUACAUCGACCACUGCCCCCUCACCCUUCCGAUAUCCAACUCCAACAACACCCACAUCACUCACCAUGGCAUCCUACUCCGAAGUUACCUCCAGCUCCACCCCCAUCCCAGAAGGCCAGCACCUCGCCGCAAUGCUCCUCUCAAAGGGUAGCCCCCUAACCCUCUGCCACCGCCCAACCCCAAUCCCGGGACCCAACGAGCUUCUCAUUGCCGUGCACGCCGUCGCCUUCAACCCCGUCGACUGCUACCAGCGCGCCUACGGCCUCUUCAUCUCCUCCUACCCCGCCAUCCUCGGCUCCGACAUCGCGGGCGUCGUCCUCAGCGCCGGCUCCGCCGUCCCCGCCUCUGCGCCUCUGCCAGGGACCCGCGUGACCGCCUUCGCGACCGCCUUCUUCGAGCAGGGAAACCCAGACUACGGCGCGCUGCAGACGCGCGUGCUCGUGCCGGCUGAGAACGCGGCGCCAAUUCCAGAUGCGGUCAGUUUCCAGGACGCGGCGAUGUUGCCGAUGGCUGUGAGCACGACGUGGGCCGGGUGGAGCACGGUUGGCUUGCCGCGGGAAACGAAGUACACGCCGGCAGACAAGAAAGGGCUGCUCGUUUGGGGUGGUUCGGGGAGUGUUGGGAGCGUGGCCGUCCAGGUAGCGCGCAUGUUUGGCUUUGUGGUGUAUGCGACGGCGAGCGAGAAGAACCACGCGUAUGUGAAGAGUUUGGGGGCGAGUAGGGUGUUUGACUACAAGAACGCGGGGGUGGUGGAGGAGAUUGUGCGGGCGGCAAAGGAGGAUGGGUUGAGCAUUGAUGUGGCGUAUCAUGCUACGCCGCAGAACUUCAAGGAGACGUUGGAUGUGGUCAAGGCAUUGAAGGUCGUGGAGACGGGGAAAGUUGCGAUGGCGGCGCGCAUGGAUGAGAAUUCGCCCAAGGUGGAGGGGGUGGAGGCGAAGUUUGUGUUGAAUCCGGAGCCGCUGGAGGCAAGAAAGGAGCAGUUUCGUUUCGUAUUCCACGACUGGCUGAAGGGGAAGCUCGCGUCAGGAGAGCUCGUGCCGAGUCCAAAGGCCAGAGUUGUUAAAGGUGGUUUGGGAUCAGCCAACGAGGCGCUGGAUGAACUGAUGAAGGGUGGUAUAAGUUCCGAGAAGCUCCUAGUCGAAAUUUAGGGUUGCCUUGGGGCUUAAUGGGUUGGAUUAGACCAC